GGUCAAGAAGUAUCUUGCUUCCAAGUCGUAGUAAAUUGCUGGUCAUUGUAGAAGCCGGUAGUUGGGUUGCAUAGUGUUACAAUUUUGUAACAAUACACAAAAAAUUCAGUUGUCAUAUCAGGAGGAAGGGCGUACAGAAUUCCUUGAGCAUGCCGGUGAAAGCUGUAUGUGUUCUGAACGGAGAAGUGGUGAAGGGAACACUCUUUUUCGAUCAAGUUAAUCCUGAUUCUCCAGUAAGAGUAACAGGUGAAGUGACUGGCCUAUCACAAGGCUUGCAUGGCUUUCACAUCCAUGAAUUUGGGGACAACACAAAUGGCUGUAUAAGUGCUGGAGCCCAUUUUAACCCUCACCAGAAGGAUCAUGGAAGCCCAACUGAUGAAAUCAGACAUGUUGGAGAUUUGGGAAAUAUUGAAGCUGGCAGCAAUGGAGUUGCUAAAGUUGACAUUACUGACAAAUUGAUUUCUCUUUCUGGCGCUCAGAACAUUAUUGGCAGAACCCUAGUGGUUCAUGCUGACCCAGAUGACCUUGGAAAGGGAGGCCAUGAACUAAGCAAAACUACAGGAAAUGCUGGAGCCCGUUCUGCAUGUGGAGUUGUGGGAAUUGCAAAAAUUUGAAUUGUUGUAUAUAAAACAAUAUAUUACCACUAUAUUCUGGGAAUUCACAUGUCACUAUAGGCUGUCCUCAGUAAAUAAAUGGAUAGCACUGUAUACUUCCUGCUUGUUAGAGUGAAUCGAGCAUGUAUAACAAUUAUUUCAAUAUUCAUUCCAUGCUUAUACAAUAAAGGUUAAUAAAGGUCAUUUGGUUUCUGAGAA